AUGAGACUAACAACAACACGCAAGAAUUGGAAUGCUACGGUAGCGCAGUGGCUCUCCGGCGAAGGGGGCUUCGAGGAUAGAAACAAGGAGAAGGGGAUGGUGAUCAGAGGGUGGGCUCCGCAGGCGGUGAUACUGACGCACCCGUCGGUCGGGGGGUUCGUGACGCACUGCGGUUGGAACUCGGUGCUGGAGGGCGUGAUUGCAGGACUGCCCACAAUCUGCUGGCCUAGCUUCGGCGACCAGUUCAUGAACAAGAAGGUGAUCACCAACAUACUCAAGACCGGCGUCGACGUGGGGAUUAAAGGCCGCCAGAUAUCGCACAUGGAUAGCGUGCAGCUGCUGUCGAGGCAGGAGGUGGAGCGGGCGGUGCGGAGUCUGAUGGACGGCGGGGAGGAGGCAGAGGAGCGGAGGCAGAGGGCGGCCAAGUUCGCGGAGGAGGCGAGGAAGGCGAUGCAGGAAGGAGGGUCGUCUUACAAGGACCUGGACAGGCUCAUGCAGUUCGCCUCGCAGAAAGAUUGCAAUGGAGCAGAUUAG